AUGUGUCUUAUGUUUUCACGUGCUGCUUAUUUGGCUCAUUUCAGAUUCAUUUGCUGCUGCACGGCACUCAUCGUCGGGCUCUCGAUUGGAACAACCGCAGUCGCUGCUGAUCAGUCCACUAAGGAGCGAAUAAGGAUACACAAAGAAUGGCUCGAAAAGCGUCGAGCCGCCAGCCGAGCCACCCAGAAUAACACCAUCCCCGGAAGCGGCUUUCCCUCGUCGACCCAGCGCACGACCUACCUGCGAAAGUUAAUCAAAUUCAAGAACGAGCGUGAACCACUCUCCGAGAAUGACAUUUCCUUUGUGCCACAUUUCGACAAUAGAAAUCAAAACAGCCAGGACAACGAGUAUGGCCUGCGCCCGUUCGCUGACCCCGACGGCACCGGUUCCGACGUGACUCCCACGCCGUCGCCCCACAAUGAGGUCCGGUAUCAGUUGGCCGAGGGUGGUAAUUUGUCCAAUGCCGGAAAUCGGGAACCACCGACGUCGCCAUUGUUGUUGCAGUCCCGAUUGCUGGAACAUCACCAACCAAUCGUGGACGAUGAGGAUGACCAGGAGCAGCAGCCCGGAGCUGACCCAGAAACGUCCAACGAGAUACCGCCGGUGACACCGGGCGCACCUGGUCCGGUCCAGAUUAACGUCGCUGUGGCCAAAAUAAAUGAGUCCAACCUGGGAUCCGGUGGCCAGGAAGAGCCUCGCAUAAAUAAUGAUUUGCCGGUAGUGUCUCCCUCCCCAAACAGCAAAAGUGGCCAUUAUAAAUCAGAUAACGAUGCCAUUCCUACGCAAAGUGCUGGCAACACUGCCGCCGCAGACGUCAAACGGAAACCAGCUCCCCAUCCGGCCGUAAUUAAUAACGAAACCACGGAAAACGACGACGACGACGGAGGAUCCUCGCAAGACGCUUCCGGGGUGGCACCCCACUCCUCCUCCUCCUCCUCGGAGACGGCCAAAGUGGACCAGAACACUGCGGACAGCGGCAGUAACGUGACCGUAAGAAAUGGUUUCGGCCCGUGGAGCAACUGGACGGCCUGCUCGCGGUCCUGCGGCGGCGGUGUCAAGUCCCAGCAGCGGAAGUGCUGGCGACGGGAGUACAUUAACGGCAAGAAGAGCCCGAAGCCGGCGGUGGAAAGCUACGACUGCAUCGGCAUCUUCAAGCGGUACCAUCUUUGCAACGAACAGGAGUGUCCCGAUCCGACGGUCGAUUUCCGUGAGCAGCAGUGCACCAGCUUCAACAACCAGUCGUUCCAGGACAAGCGCUACAUCUGGGAGGCUUUUAUCAAAGACGAUGCCGAGUGUGAGCUGAACUGUAAGCCGAUUGGAAUGCGCUACUUUGCCACGCUCAACAAGACCGUCAUCGAUGGGACGCCCUGCAGCAAACCGACCGAGUACUUCCGGCGGAACAACAGCGGCCGAGGAAUCUGCGUCGAGGGCAUCUGCAAGGUAAGAGGAAGGAGGGACGGCAAGGGUGGUUUACUAACAGGGGUUAAAUUGUGGGGAAGGCCGCAAACUGAGUUGAAUUUCUUGGGGCUUUACUUGUGUGGGUUUCGCUCUGUAAACGCGUAACAUCCGGAUGUAAC